GAAAAUCAAAAUCUUGAAAGAAAUUAUUUGAUAAAAAAAUAAGUGUAGAUUAGCGAACCAAAACCAUUUGAGAUCCCAUUUGUGAAGCUUGCGUUUUCAACAAAUCAAAUAAAUUUAAUUUAGUGAAAAUAGAUAGUCUUUGAAUCGGCACACUAAACUUCUUUCUACUUCUUCUCCUUCUCCCUUUGCCGCUACACAGACCCCUGAUAACAAACCCCAGCCACGCCACACGGUAACCAUCUCGACUGCGACACUGCAGCAACCUCACUCGACUCCGAGAGGAGCGUUGAAAAAAUUCGACCCUCUUUUUGGCCUAAUGUCAGUUCAUUUCAACUGGACCAUAAAGGAGAACAGAGAAUGAGUAGAAGACCUCCUCCUGAUCCCGUGGCAGUGCUACGAGGCCAUCGAGCUUCGGUCACAGACAUUUCUUUUCAUCCCUUUAAGCCGAUAUUAUUCUCCGGUUCUGCUGAUGGUGAAGUGCGAAUUUGGGAUACCCUUCAGCAUCGAACUGUGUCAUCUGCAUGGUUACAUAGUGCUGCACAUGGUAUUGUUGCUGUUGCUUGUGUUUCUUCCCUCGGAACCAAUAAAUUUGCCAGCCAGGGUAGGGAUGGAACUGUAAAAAUUUGGGAAUUUGAUGAUGCUGGUUUGUCAAGGAUCCCAUCACUUACAAUCAAGACAAACAGUUACCACUUUUGCAAAUUUUCCGUGAUGAAGAAUGAUUCUGUUUGGUCAACACAAGGGAAAGAAUUAGAAGAUUGCUACAGAGGAGAGCCAGGAGGAAUGUCUGAUAGAGAAAUUCCCGAGGUUAAAAGGGACGAGGCUUACACCAAUCAAAGUUGUUCUAAAAGCUUUGGAGAAAAUACAUGUAGUGAAGGGCUACAAUAUGUGGCUUUGUCAGGGGAGAACUCUUCAGAGGUUGAAAUUUGGGAUCUCAAGUCAGCUCAAAAAAUUGUACAACUCGCUUCAAGCAAUCCCAGUAACUCUUCAAGUGUUAGCAACAGAGGGAUGUGCAUGACCCUUCAAUUGUUUUUAUCAUCGGAAUCACAAGGAUUUUUAAAUGUCUUGGCUGGAUAUGAGGAUGGUUCCAUGCUUUGGUGGGAUAUACGGAAUCCUAGAGUUCCGGUAACUUCUGUAAAAUUUCAUUCUGAGCCAGUUAUGAGCAUCUGUAUUGACGGGUCUUGCAAAGGGGGUAUCUCAGGAGCAGCAGAUGACAAAAUUAUAAUGUACAGCUUGGAGCAUUCUUCGGGUACUUGUGUAGUUAAGAAAGAAAUCAGUUUGGAUCGACCAGGCAUAUCAGGCGUCUCAAUUCGACCUGAUGGAAAAAUUGCUGCAACUGCUGGCUGGGAUCACAGGGUGAGGAUAUAUAAUUACCGCAAGGGAAAUGCUUUAGCUAUUUUGAAGUAUCACCAUGGCACAUGCAACGCUGUAACUUAUUCCUCUGAUUGUAAACUUAUGGCCUCUGCAUCGGAAGACACAACCGUGGGGCUAUGGGAACUGUAUCCUCCUACAACAUCAUAGUGAAUUUACUCAAUGCUGUUGGUAGUUCUACAAUUUAACUUUACUAUUAAUGGUCAAGUAAUUUUGUGCUAAAAAUAUUUCAUUCUAGGUUUGCACCUGGUAUAGUUAAUACUAGAUUGAAAAAAAAUGUUUAGUUUUAUAUGGACUUUUGUAACUUUGAGUGUUUAUUAUAACUUUCGGAUGCUUUCAAAUCUUAUAAAUAUAUAGUCUUCUUAAAUCUUAUA